AUGGGGGGGGUCUCCACUCUGAUUGGUCAUCUCUGCUCCAGAACUGGCUUCAAAAUUCCAUUGACUCCGCCUCCCGUGGCCCCCAUCUCCUUUCUGAGUUACAAUUGGCUCAGCAUCCAGGGGGCGGGACUCACCCGGGUCUGGUCCAGUUAAAAGGGUGGGAGCGGGCUGUGGCCCAUCUCUCGGGUAGUCUUCAGACAGCUGGUCCCGAAGUCCCAGGAACAUCCUCCUCUCCUCAAUCAUGGCUUGUGGUCUGGUCGCCAGCAACCUGAAUCUCAAACCUGGGGAGUGCCUCAGAGUGCGGGGCGAGGUGCCCCCGGACGCCAAGAGCUUCGUGCUGAACAUGGGCAAAGAUGGCAACAACCUGUGCCUGCACUUCAACCCCCGCUUCGACGCGCACGGGGACACCAACACCAUCGUGUGUAACAGCAAGGAUGGCGGGGCCUGGGGGGCUGAGCAGCGGGAGUCCGUCUUCCCCUUCCAGCCUGGAAGUGUUGUGGAGGUGUGCAUCUCCUUCGACCAGGCAGACCUAACCAUCCAGCUGCCUGGUGGAUACGAUUUCAAGUUCCCCAACCGCCUCAACCUGGAGGCCAUCAACUACCUGGCAGCCGAUGGCGACUUCAAGAUCAAGUGCGUGGCCUUUGAGUGAAGCCAGCCGGCCCAUGGCCCCCAAUAAAGGCAGCUGCCUCUGCUCCCCCUGAA